AUGGCUGCUUCUGCUGCUGCUGCUGCUACCGCUACCACCAUCGGUUUUGGCGCUGCUGUCGGUGUUUCCAUUCAGACAUUUUCCAUUGCUGCUCCCCUUCCACCCAUUACAGAGGUGGUCUAUCAGUAA